AUGUUUGGGAAUGCAAAGGACGACGAGAGUCCCGCCGUCGACACCCCUGCCAACCAUGACGCGCCCAAACCCGCAGCCCCAGCGGCGGACAACGCAGCUGCUGCACCGACAAACACAACCAGCAACGGCUCCGCUUCCAUAGAUCGCAAGCCCAGUGACGCUUCCGCCCCCACCGAGAGAAAACGACGGAGUAGUGGCGUAUCGCGUGCCCGCGACAUGUUCUCGAGCGCGAAACAGUCGCUGCACCUAGGCGGCUCUUCUCCCACCAACACGACCAACAACACCAUGACCGAAAAGGCCGCCCCUCAGACGCCCAUGCAGAAGCUGGGCAAGUCGGAUGCUGCCCUCAGUGUUCCCCAGGGCUCCCUCAACAACUCGGCUGGCGAGUCGGCGCCCGGCCCACGAUCUACCUUCCGCGUCGGUGUCACAGAGGAUAAGAACAAGAAGUGCAGACGAACGAUGGAGGAUACCCACGCAUACCUGUACAACUUCCUGAGCACCCCAGCGCCCUCGUAUGCCGCCGACAAGGCCCGCGCCAUCUCCGACGCCAGCUCCACUCAGUCUGACCCUCUGUCGCAAGCCGUAGUUGAGACGGACAACGGAUACUUCGCCAUCUUCGACGGACACGCCGGAACCUUCGCUGCCGACUGGUGUGGAAAGAAGCUUCACCUGAUCCUGGAAGAGACAAUCCGGAAGAACCCCAACACCCCGAUACCCGAGCUGCUCGAUCAGACCUUCACCGUCGUCGACCAGCAGUUGGAGAAGCUUCCCUUGAAGAACAGUGGUUGUACCGCCGUCAUUGCAGUUCUGAGGUGGGAGGACCGAGUACCUAACGCGCAAUCGUCCACCGGCUCAGUGCUCUUCGCACCCGCGGCUGUAUCGGCUAUCAAGCAUGCAGGCGAAGGCGGCGAUGCUACUGAUUCCGCUGUGGAGCCCGCAGCUGAACAGCAAGUCGAGGCGAGAUUACGCAACGAGGCCAGCCGACAGCGCGUGCUGUACACCGCCAACGUAGGUGAUGCGCGUAUUGUCCUCUGCCGCAAUGGCCGAGCGCUGCGCCUCUCCUACGACCACAAGGGCAGCGACGAGAACGAGGGACGCCGUGUUGCUAGUGCCGGCGGCUUGAUCCUCAACAACCGCGUUAACGGCGUCCUUGCUGUCACACGAGCACUGGGCGAUGCCUAUAUGAAGGACUUGGUCACCGGACACCCGUACACCACCGAGACUGUGAUCCAGGCCGAGCAGGACGAGUUUCUCAUUCUCGCUUGCGAUGGUCUCUGGGAUGUCUGUUCCGACCAGGAAGCCGUCGACCUAGUCCGCCAAGUUCACGAUCCGCAAGAAGCAUCCAAGAAGCUCGUCGACUACGCCCUCGCACGCUUUUCGACCGACAACCUCUCCUGUAUGGUCGUUCGCUUCGACAACAAGGCUCUUCGGCAGCGCAAGAACGACGCCGCGAUGGGUGUGGACGGUGACCAGUCGACCAUGAAGGGCGGAAUCACCGAGGCAGACGCCAUCGUAGCACAAGCGAAGAAGUCAAUCGGCGAGCCUGAGAUACCGGUCGAAGCAGCGGCGCAGGAGAUUAUCAUGGAGGAGGCCGAGGCUGAGCCUGGUCCUGAGCUCAACUUGGACGCCGCAAAGGCAGCCAGGAAACACGACGCAUAG